AAAAAGUUUGUGAACUUGAAAACGUAAAAAGAUCAAUUGGCGAUUACACACUUACACAGCAGUAAGAAUAUACAGGGUAAACCAUUCUAUUACGUAUAUGGGGUAAACAAACAAAAAUAAAAAGUUCAUAAGCAAAACAAUUAUUCAAUAUCCAUUACAUACUUACGAGUCUUAGACACUAUUGCGCUUAUUGUAGACACUUCGCCAUAGCCCACGAUCGGACAGUCGUCAAUCGUCAGUCAAGUUCACUUUGUUCUAACUCAUAAGUCGCGAUCCACAGUCGAUUUCUCAACAUCCCAAACACUAACACUGGUCACAAGUUAACAUUUAUUAUUUAUUAAUUGAUAUUAAAUUUAAAUUUACAAACGAUUGCUUCUAUACAGUAUUUCAUUCUAUGCUCGCUGUUCAGCUACAUACCUUUUACAAUUGAAUAUUCGUACUGUGAAUUAUACAUCACAUGAGUACAAUCGUAAAUUGAACAAUUAAUACAAUCGGGCCGUGAUUCUGGAGGAUAAUCAUGGCCGAAAGUUCAAGUUUGUGGACGACCAAACAAAGGAUUCGUCAUUUAGAUCUACCGAUCAAAAACUUUAUCGAGAACGCAAUUCCUUACCAAUUGGAGACAUUGAAAACCUUAAAAUCCAAUAUUGCCAAGCAAAGACGUUUAGAAAACCGUAGCAGUAUGCGUCAAUUACAAAUGAAAGCCUCACAAUCCAUCAAACGUGCUAGAGCAUUGCUUAGAGAAAUGGAAACCUUAAGAAAUCAAGUGGCUGAUGUUGAUUUACAAACUUUUGAUGACUUAAUGAAUCCAAACAGACAGUUGAUAUUGGAAGCAAUUGAUAUGUUUAAAAAUGAGGAUUUAAAUGAAUAUAAAUCUAAUGCUGUACUAGAAAAUAUGCAUCAAGACAAUACUGAACAAUUAGAAGCAGAAAAUCAAAAACGUAUGUUUUUAGUAUCUAUUGAAGAAGAAAAACAAAAACAGGAAAAAAUGUUGGCGAUUGAAUCCGAUGUUAAAAAUGUCGAGCAAGAUAUAAAAGGCAUUCAAGAUUUGUUUCGUGAUCUCAGUAAAUUAGUAAAUGAUCAAAAAGAAGAUGUUGAAAAGAUUGAAGUUCAUACUGAGACAACACAUGAAAAUGUAAUUCAAGCUGAACAGUCAUUGCGUAAAGCAGCAAAAUUGAAGAAAAUGUCUUAUCCACUUAUUGGAGCUGUGGUCGGCUCUUGUGUUGGAGGUCCAUUAGGCUGUUUGGCUGGUGCUAAAGUUGGAGUAUUUGCCACUGUUACAUGCUUUGUAUUAGGAUUUACUGGUGGUAAAGUACUUAAAGAUAAAUCUAAUGCUGUGGAAGAAACAGAAAACACAACUAAUGUUUUAGUUAAUCAAACAGUAAAAUCGCAUACUGAAUAAGUGAUUUUAAUGAGAUAAUAAUGACAAAUUUAAAUUUAAAUGAAAGUAAAUUGUUGAUUGACAUUAUCCAGUUUUUAUAUUUCAUUUAAUUCAUAUUUUUAUAAGUCUAUGUAUGUUAUAUUUUUUUAAAAAUUAUAUUUUUUCUUAAGAUAAAUAAAAUAAAAUUAUAACUAUUAAUUAUA